AGUGGCAAAUGCGGCCAUCCGGGCUGGCAACCCGGCAGCGCUGGAGUACCUGCUGCGGCAGAAUCGGGGCGUUGAUACCAAGCCGUUGACCGUGGAGGUCGCAGCAGAAAAAGGCAACCUGGACAUGCUGCAGGUGCUGCAGGCGGCUGGCUGCAGCUUGAAGAGGCAACCCGUGCUGCAGGGGGCGGUGCGGGGCGGGCACCUGCACGUGGUGUCCUGGCUGGUGGAGACGCUGGGGAUAGACUUGAGGCGACGGAGUGAGCUCAUGAGGUUUGCCGCCAAGAGCGGCAACCUGCAGCUGCUGGUGUGGCUGCACGAGCGGGGCUGCCGGCGGGACUGGGGCACCCUGUCGGACACAGUGGAGGACAGUUCUGAGGAGGCGCUGGAGUGGCUGGUGCAGCAGGGCUGGCCUGUUGACCCGCCCCAACAGGCACGUGGCAACGCCCACCCCUACCUGGUCGCUGGCCGCCGAGGCGACCUGGCCACAC